AUGAGUUUCGUACCCAUUAACCCGCGGCCCAUGCUGCAAGACCUCGUCAACAAGGACAUCGUCGUGCGCCUAAAGUGGGGCGAAACCGAGUACCACGGCCGCCUCGUCAGCUCCGACAGCUACAUGAACAUCCAACUGACCAACGCGCAAGAGUUCAUCGACCAGAAGUUCACCAGCGACCUGGGGCAAAUCUUGAUCCGAUGUAAUAACGUGCUAUGGAUCAAGGCCGCCGACAGCGGCGAUAGCGGCGACGUCAAGAUGGGCGGAUAG